GUCGACUCAGCCCUCCUCACCUCCUGAUUGGCUGGCGGGAUUUUGCCAACUCGAGCCACGGAAUGUUGGACUAGCUUGCCACACCAGUUGAGGCUCAAAGAUGCUGGACUCUGCGUCAGGUAUUUCUCACCCUGUUGAGAAGAAGACGUAUUGGAUGAGAAUGGCCAGUGAGGGUCCCGCCAGCCUCCUGGGAACCUGACGGGCUCCUGCAGAGAGCCAAAGACUCGAGCAUCCAGGAGGGCGACCGUCCCGGGUGAACCAUGCUGUGAGGACCAACCGAACCGGACAUCGCAGCUGCUUUGUUUUGGGUGUUUUGUUCCUGUCGGCGGUGUGGAGUGUUACGAGAGGACUUAAAUCGGCGCAGCACCAUGGGAGCCUCCAGUGACAAGGCAUCCUGGCCCCGGACGCUGCUUGUCCUGCUGCUGUGCGCCGCCUGCGCUCUCUGCCAGGAAGAAUAUUCCGGAAACCACUCGGGUGAGGAUCACACCUUUGAGGGCUCGAUCCUGGACCCCUAUGACCACUUGAGGCCCCCGCAGCCAGAGUCUUCCCAUGGCUACGACGAGGACCAGAAUCCCGAGGAAGAUGACUACGACCCCUACGGGCCCGCCCCCACCCAGGUCACCAUGAUCACCGAGGACGCCUACCCUUACGUCACCCCCACGGAGUCACACUACGCCAAGGAGGACAAGCUGGGUCGGAGGAAGGUUCCGUUCCAGCACCGAGGACCUGACGCCGGGUCCUCAGAGGAGUCUGGUGGCGACGCGGCCCUCGGCGAGGAGGGUCCCACCGAGUGCGACUGUGAACCCGGAGAGCCGGGAUUCGCCGGGUUCGCUGGGCCCAAGGGCUUGCGAGGCAUGCAGGGUAAAAUGGGAGCGCCAGGGCAGCAAGGCAGAGAGGGUUAUAAAGGAACAAAAGGAGUACAAGGCCGAAGAGGAGAUGCUGGCCCUGUGGGUGAUCCCGGACCCGAAGGCGAAGAUGGAGGUUCGGGUUUCUUUGGCGGAAUGGGAGAACCAGGACUUAUAGGUGACCGGGGUGAGCGCGGAGAUCCGGGUCUGAAGGGCGAUUCCGGCAUGGAGGGACCGCGAGGAGGAGUCGGGGGAACCGGUAACACUGGUUCUCGCGGUGAUGCUGGCUCCCCGGGAUCAAGAGGAGGCAAAGGUCCCAAGGGUUCCGUGGGUGAAGAGGGCAAAGUGGGAGUUCAAGGACCAGAUGGACACAAGGGUCAGACUGGAGCACCUGGAUUCCCAGGAGACAUUGGCGACAGAGGAUACAAUGGUUAUUAUGGCCAGCCAGGUGGCCGCGGGCCCAGCGGACCAAAGGGUACCAAAGGUCUUGGCGGCAUUCCGGGCAUUGAUGGCGACCCCGGAGAAGAUGGUCCCAUAGGUGUCCCAGGCCUGAUGGGAGAGCCAGGUUCCUUCGGCGCCAAGGGCAGCAAAGGCGAGCGCGGCGUUCGAGGACCACAAGGCAGAUUGGGCUCUGUGGGUCCUGGAGGUGAGCAAGGAGAUGCCGGGAUACCCGGCAAGCCAGGACCAAUGGGCCUCCAGGGACCCCUUGGGCCCAAAGGCGAGACCGGGCCGGACGGCGACAUGGGUGCAACGGGUAGGAAAGGGAUAAAGGGCCAAAAAGGACAAAAGGGUGCGGUUGGCGAUCGUGGAGACAAAGGAGAGCGUGGUCCCAAAGGUGCGGUCGGUCGGACCGGCAAUCCCGGCCCCGCGGGUCCUCCCGGCAUCCCGGGAACCCGAGGUAACCGCGGCCCGCUCGGAGACCCUGGCGCCAGAGGCCAAGCCGGAUCCAAAGGAGUUCAAGGUCCCAUCGGUCCCGGGCUGUCGGACGAGCAGGUGCUGCAGCUGUGCCGCAGCGUGGUCACAGCUCAGCUCUCGCAGUACGCCCCCUCCAUCCGUGCUAAGUGCACGCAAGGAUGUCCCAUCAACAACCGCACGCUCAUCGGACCCCCGGGAGCCAAAGGACCUGCGGGACCAGCCGGCAAAACGGGCAAAGCGGGCAGAGCUGGAUCCAAGGGAGCCCGCGGUGUUCAGGGAGACCAAGGCCUGGAGGGAGAGAAAGGAGCGCAGGGUGAACGAGGCAAAAAGGGUCCGAAAGGAAAUUCGGGUGAUCCGGGAAAAGGCUUCCCGGGACUUGAUGGACCUCAAGGAGCCCCUGGUGAGACCACGUUUUCAUUGUUCCGACUAACAGAAGCAGUAAGGGGCAGCUUGUUUGUGAAUAAAUCCGUGUGCCUUGUGGUACAUUAGUAAGACAUCAUCAGGUGUGCUUUGGGAAAUUAUACAAUGCCAAUUAUUUUGACAUAAAAUGAAUUAUUUUCCAAUUUUAAAAAAUGUUUUGUAGUUAAAAUUGGUCCCGUGACAU